GGCGCUGUUGGCUCUCCGGUAGUCGGUACCGGAGCUCAGUGAUGAUGGAGGAUGGAGCAGCAGUGAGUCGGUUGGCAUGAACCCGUUAGAUGAGUCCGGUUCUCCGCUGCAGGAGGAGCGCCGGUACCGGUACCGGUGGGCCCGGUUCUCCUCCUGGCUGGACUGCGUGUGUGUGGUUACCUUCGACCUGGAGCUGGGCCAAGCUAUAGAGUUGGUUUAUCCUCCAGAUGUGAAGCUGACGGAGAAAGAGAAAACCAGCAUCUGCUACCUGUCGUUUCCUGACUCGUAUUCAGGAUGCCUUGGGGACACUCAGUUCAGCUUCAGGCUGCGUCAGUCAGUCGGCCGCAGAGCGACGACGCUCAGAGAGGACGACUACGACAGAGACGCUCCCGUUACUCUGCAGAGAGAAACGUCCCAUUUCAUUGGCUACGUCUAUUUCAGACAAGUCAGAGACGCCUCAGUGAAGAGAGGAUACUUCCAGAAGUCUCUGGUGCUGCUGUCCCGGCUGCCGUAUACUCACCUGUUCCACUCGCUGCUGCAGAUCAUCACACCUGAGUUUUUCGAGAAGCUGGAGCCCUGCCUGGAAGCAGUCUGUAACGAGAUCGACCAAUGGCCUUCACCCGUACCUGGACUGACCCUGAACCUGCCUGUGAUGGGCGUGGUCUUACAGGUCCGGAUCCCGUCUAAGGCCGACAAACCAGGAGGAAGUCCAGUGAGACAUGCGCUGAAGGAGAACUUCCUGCCGGCUCCGACGCUGCUGCCCUCCAUUACUGACCUGGACCUGUUCAAGUGUUUCCAGUCGGUCCUGGUCCACCUGCAGAUGCUCUGGGAGCUCACGUUGCUAGGGGAGCCCGUGGUCGUCAUGGCGCCGUCUCCCACCGUUUCCUCGGAAACCGUGCUGGCUCUCGUCAGCUCCAUCAGUCCUCUGAAGUUCUGCUGCGACUUCCGGCCGUACUUCACGAUCCACGACAACGAGUUCAGAGAGUACACCACCCGGACCCAGGCCCCACCUAACGUGGUUCUGGGCGUCACCAAUCCGUUCUUCAUCAAGACCUUUCAGAACUGGCCUCAUGUGGUCCGACUUGGAGAGAUCCGGAUGGCAGGUGAUUUACCCAAACAGGUGAAGGUGAAGAAACUCUCCAAACUGAAGACACUGGACACUAAACCAGGGAUUUACACAGCCUACAAGACCUUUCUACACAAAGACAAAGCCCUCAUCAAGAGACUGUUGAAGGGCAUUCAGAGGAAGAGACCUUCAGAGGUGCAGAGCGCCAUCCUCAGGAGACACCUGUUAGAGCUCACUCAGAGCUUCAUCAUCCCACUGGAGCGGUACAUGGCGAGCCUGAUGCCUCUGCAGAGAUCUGUGACGCCAUGGAAGACGCCUCCUCAGAUCCGUCCCUUCAGUCAGGACGAGUUCAUGUCCACUCUGGAUCACACCGGUCCUCAGCUCACCUCGGUGCUCAAAGGUGAUUGGAUGGGACUGUACAGGAAGUUCUUCAGGUGUCCGAACUUUGACGGCUGGUACCGACAGAGACACCGAGAGAUGAGCCAGAAGCUGGAGAGUCUCCACCUGGAGGUCAUCAGUGACGCUGACCUGCUGGGUUGGACCAGAGACAAGUCUGAGGUGGAGACCGUAGACUUGAUCCUGAAGCUGCGAGAGAAGCUGAUUAAAGCUCGCAGGCAGCAGCUGCAGGUAAGAGACGGCGUUUUAGAAAAACUGGAAGUUUUCAUAAAGUCCGUCAUCUGGUCUCUGCCCCGAGACCUGCAGCGGGUCCUCCACCACCCCGAGACCUGCAGCGGGUCCUCCACCACCCCGAGACCUGCAGCGGGUCCUCCACCCCCCCGAGACCUGCAGCGGGUCCUCCACCACCCAGAGACCUGCAGCGGGUCCUCCACCACCCCGAGACCUGCAGCGGGUCCUCCACCACCCAGAGACCUGCAGCGGGUCCUCCACCACCCCGAGACCUGCAGCGGGUCCUCCACCACCCAGAGACCUGCAGCGGGUCCUCCACCACCCCGAGACCUGCAGCGGGUCCUCCACCCCCCCGAGACCUGCAGCGGGUCCUCCACCACCCCGAGACCUGCAGCGGGUCCUCCACCACCCCGAGACCUGCAGCGGGUCCUCCACCCCCCCGAGACCUGCAGCGGGUCCUCCACCACCCCGAGACCUGCAGCGGGUCCUCCACCACCCCGAGACCUGCAGCGGGUCCUCCACCACCCAGAGACCUGCAGCGGGUCCUCCACCACCCCGAGACCUGAACACCAUCAAUAA